CCUGACUUCGAGCCACUUGCCUUUCCUUUCUCCCUUGCCCAAUUCAGCUCCAUUUGUCAUUGACCUUCUCGCACUUCAGCUGGCGGCAAUGGUUUGAGUACAAACUUCCGAUCUCCUUGCUUGAACCGGUAGCUAUUAUGUCUCCCAUCGUGAAUAACUCCACGAUCAUAUUGCCAUGAACGACACAAUAAGAGAUGAGCAACUUGCAUUGGGGCAACAUCACAUUAGACUUCAUCUGCAUACUCACCAGUCUAGAAUAGAACCUUGGUCUUCUUGUUAACCUUGAUAGCUCCAUAGUCGUUCAACCACUGAAGGUUGUAAGGGUGUGGAUGCUUAACGGUACUCAGUCCUAACUUCUUAACUGCAUUAAGACUCACUACAUUGGUGCAACUAACACCAUCGAUCAACACAAACAACAACUUUCCAUCUAUCAUGCAUCAGGUAUGAAAUAGAUUAUCUCGUUGUUCUUGUUCAACUAGAGAUUCAAGGGAGAGCACUCUAUAAUUUACUCCAAGAAACUUACCUGUUGGCGGGAUUUCAUCAGUGAUGUGCUCAUCAAUAUCAACAUAAUCAUUAGAAUCAGAUUGAUUCCUUUCCCCAUUGGCUUCUCUUCAUACUUCUCAGAAAAGUAUUCUCCAUCUCGUACGACCAAAGUCUUCUUGUUGGGGCAUGGUUUGCUUUGUGACAUCGACCUAGACAUUUGAAGUAUUGGAUGCUUCCAAUUGAUCCUUUGGGCCUAGAUUGAACAAAAGGAGCAGUGUUUCUCUCUACUGGCUUGACUCCUUCUGGCUUGAAAUGAUUCAUAACGAUCUCACACAUGUUCUCUGCAACUGGUUUAGUUAAAGGUGAAUACCUUCUUCCAUAGCUGACUUUCAUCUGCUUUUUCCACGUCAAUGGCUAGGUGAACCACUUCCUCCAGCUCCACAAAUUGACGAAGCUAAACUUUGUGCCCAAUCUCUUUAUUGAGACCUUGUAGAAACCGAGCGAUCGUUGCUUCUUUAUCCCCCUUCACAUCUGCCUUCAUCAAGUGCAAUUAAAGCUCUUUGAAGUACUCAUCAACAGAGCGUGCUCCUUAGCAAAUUCCCUACAAGGAAUCAUGAAGUUCUCUCUAAUAAAAAAGAGGCAAGAAUCAAUCAAGCAUCAGAACUCUCAAUUCUUUCCAAGUAGAGACAGCAUGCUACAUAUUUCUUCUGCAUCGCUGUAUCGCAGCUAACCUUGUUCCCACUAAGCGGCUGCAUAAUCCGUAAACUCAUAGGUGACUACCAGAACUUUUUGAUUCUCCAGGUAAGGAUUGCACUAAAAGAACAAGAUCAUCUUCCUCGCCCAAUCAAGGUAAGCUGAAGCGCUGUUGGUUCCUUGAAACAGAGGAAUACCAUUUUGAUUCCUCGAAUCGAAUCAACGCCAUAAUAUGUUGGUCUUCCACCAUAAUCAUGGUAAUCAUCUUCAUAAUCAAUAAAUUGAGUUCGGUACUGGGUGAUUACCUGACGAUGAUGACCCAUUUGUUGACACCUCUGCAUAGCCAAUCUGGGGUUGAUCAUUCUAAGCUCAUUAUGCUCUAGGUCUCUCUCGAUUCUCGGCUCCAGUCUGAGCAUCAACAACUACUGGAUUAUCUAGUGGAUAACCCACUAGUUGCGUUUCCAACUUGAUGAUUAGGGUAUCCAGAUGCUUGUUGGUUUCAACGAGCUAAGUUUUGAUAACUUCCUAUUGGGUUUGAAGCAAAGCUUCCAUUGGAGACAUCUGUGUUGCAAGCUGUUUCAUGGCUUCUGCAAGGUUUGACUCCAUGGUUCUCUCUUCGGAUGAGAUUUCCUCAUCUGACAAGCAAUCCUCCUCCGCAAUACGUUUUGCUAUGGGGUCUUUUGAUCUCUUACAAGAAGUAACAGGUCCUCUCACCUUUGUUCUCGCUACUAUGUUGAACCGGGCUCUGAUACCACUUGAUACGAGCAUGAAAGGUAAUACCCGUACUUAUCAAAGUCACACAUCCUAAAAAAAGGAUUAAAGAUAGGGAUAAGGCGGAAUUGAAGUGAGAUCUCGCACAUGGGUAGAAUCUUAUGCAUAAUUAAAGUGAAAAUUUGAUUGAUACGGAGAAAAUUCACAAGACUAAAUCUCAAUGAACCAAGAUAAAAUCAAUACUCUUCAAAAUCUGCCACAAAACUUGAGUUGAAGCCUUUAUAUAGGCCAAAGAAACAAAACUAAUGAAAACCUCGAAAAGGAAAAGAACCCUAAACAGGCCGACUCGACAUCAGAAAUGAAAAUCCCCAGCCAUUUCGGGUUAAGAAGAUGCGAAAGCGCCUACAAAACGUAAAUUCACUCGUCAACCCCGAUCCCCGGUCAGGGAUUUAACCCAACUGACCGGGGGUCAUUUGAUCGCGCGUGCGUGAUCGAGUUUUAAAUUUAUAAGUCAAUACGCACUUUCUAUUCAAUCAUAACUAAGCCAAGCAUAACCUAGAUAGGGUUGUAGUAAAGUGGCUCGGUCAUUUUUCAAGGGAACUUUAAACUUACUAUUAUUUCACUUCGAACUACUAUCUAAUUGAAUCAGAAGUUUGGUGAAGAUCUAACCUAUCCUACUCCUAAACAACCAACCAAGUGGUUGGGAGAACGCUAGAGAUGAGACGGUUGCCUAGGGUUGAAUCCUCCUAGAUAUGGUUGUCAUGUAGGGUUAAGAGAAUGUGGUGAGAGCUAUUUUCUAUGGGCUUUCGUGGUUAUCCACACGCUUCCAGGUACGCCUCCCCUAAACCCAUGUUAGUCACCUCGAUCUAGCCUAUCGUAUCUGGGGCUUUAAGAACAUAGCUCAUUUCAAUGGGUACUACCCACCAUCCACACCGAGGUUUCACCCCGGUUUCUAUCUAGGAAGGCAUUCUUAUGGUAUGGGUACGGUCGCCUCGACGACCAUAAGAUAUCAUUCAUUCAUCUAGCCCGAAAUUGACCGAGGGCGCAUACCCGUCUAACGCUAAAACUCCAUACCCAACGUAGAAGCUCAAGUAGGCUAGUAGAGAAGAUUAGGGCGGCUUACCCAAGCACAAUUUAAGCUAGAGAGGUGAUAACGAUGUAAUUGCACGUAUUUGCACCCCUAAUUCUUAUCCGUUUGAGAGGCAUGGUCGUGUAUUUUGGCCUAUUUUACGCCGGCUUAUGCUAUUUUGUCAUAUUUCAGGUCCCAGGCGUCAAAGGAAAGGCUAAGCACGAGUUUCGGGGCAUUCAGAAGUCAUUUCGUCAAGCUGGAGCCAAAACACAGGCACACCUAAAACAGAACACGGCCGUGUUCUGUGGCCGUGCUUUUACUGCCGAGAGCUAAUUGAGUUUGGCAAAUUCAAGCCAAAACACGGGCUGAAAGCACGGCCGUGUUCACCCAAAGCACGGCCGUGUUUCUUUCAACAGGUGGCCGUGUAAUUAAUCCUAGCCAAAGCACGGGCGGGCUGAGGCAUUACACGGCCGUGCCCUCGACCGUGCUUUGGCCACUGAUGCCCUUUUAAGAAGAUUUUCAGCCAAAGAGAAGGGGAUUCGAGUUUUAGAGAGAGAGAUCAGUUCCUAGAGAGAGAAAGCGACGAACAAGAGUCUCCAAGCGCCCUAGCUUGAUCUUCAACACCAUUGGAGGCCAGUUUGAGCUUGGAGAAGUGCCGAUCAACGUCCAGGAGCAGGAAUCCAUCCUUCACAGUAUGAAUUCCGCAUCUGAUUCUGCUUUUGCUUCUUUCUCCAUGGAGUAGUUCUCCCAUUCAUCUGGGUAUGGAGAACCCUAGAUUUGUAUGUUAGGCUUUGAUUGUAUGAACCCAAGUAUUGAUUCUAUGAUUUGAUUAUAUUCGAUUGAGGUUUGAAUGAUUGAAUGACUUGAAUCCUGAUCAAAUUCCUGUUGUUUCUGCUUUAACCUAGAAUGAGAAUAUCUGCCUAGAUUGAUAGAGCAUCCUUAAUUGAAGGUAGGGAGUUGGUGACUUUAGUCGAGGAGCCAACUCACUAUUCUGUACUGGAUUUACUCCGGUAGUGGAGGUUUUGUUCAUAGGGCCUCAAUCUGUUUACUCCGGUGGAGGUUAGUCGCCCGCUAGAGACUCAGAUUGAGAGGGUCUGAAGACCUUUAGUCGAGACUUCAGGCUGUUUAAGAACCUUCCGCAGUAUAACUAUCAUAGAAACUGAACUUGGUAAUUACAAUCCGGCUUAACUGCGGUCUAGGGGGAACCAUAUUCGGGUGACCUCUCUUAACCUGAAUACAACCGUUUACUUGCUUUGUUAGUUUGAUAGUUUAGACUUGCUUUCCAGUUUCAUUGCUAGAUAACAAGAAUUCACUGAGUAGUCAUCAGAUCUAGGACCCGGGUUGAUAAUAAAACCUAAACCUGCUAUACUACGCUUUAGGAAGUGGUUUCACUUGGCCAAUUCCUGGAGUGACAGUAGAAGUGAGUCAAGUUUUUGGCGCCGUUGCCGGGGACGACUAGGUUGUUGAAGAAAAGUGAUUUCUGUUAAUUUAGCUUUUCUUUUUGCUUUAUUUUCUUUGUCCCACUUGUGCCUUCACGGGUUUGCUUGCUUGAGUGUGUGCAGGUAGUGCAUGACCCGUAGCCAGUCAGGAGGUUUACUGCCGUUGAAUCCAGAGAUUGAUUGCACCUGUCGCCAGCUCCGGAGACAACAGCGAGCUAGACUGGCUACGGAAGAGCGCAUAGACGGCCACCUGAGUAGCGAUUCUGAAGAAGAGCACGAGAUGGACGGAGACUACAAUCACCACCAGGGGAAUCCGCAGCAGGUUCCCCCGGUGAAUCAGGUCCUGGGGAACAACCCCAUACCCCAGGAUCAUGGGGUUCAUCAUCCACCGCAGCCGGGUCCCACCUUGGAGUACUACUACACUCCUCGGAUUGCUGACAUCCGCCCGGUCAUCCUCUACCCGCCUAUUCCAGCAAAUAACUUCGAGAUCAAGCCAUGCUGGAUUCAGCUCAUUACAUCCUCUAUCCAGUUCCAUGGCUUGAAGGAUGAGGAGGCCAGGGUGCAUCUUUCCCGUUUUCUGCAGCUGACAAACGGGUUCAAGCUGAAUGGUGUCCCGGAUGAUGCAAUCCGCCUUUAUCUCUUCCCCCAUUCUCUGGCGGGGAAUGCUAAGAGGUGGUUGGAGACCCAGCCCCCAUUGUCCAUCACCUCUUGGGACGAUCUGGCUGACAAAUUCGUGCACAGGUACUAUCCGGCAUCGAAGACUACAAAGAUCCAGCGGGAGAUCACUCACUUCCGCCAAGAGCCAGAUGAGUCACUUCGUGAUGCAUGGGAGCGGUACAUGGGUUAUUUCUGGCAGUGUCCCCAUCAUGGCUUCAGUGAUGCAUUCACAGUGGGGAACUUCUACAGUGCUCUCUCCCCAAAUAGCCAGAGGGUGAUUGAGUCUUUAUGCCCAGGAGGGGAUAUUCUUACUAAGACUCCACCCGAGCUGAACCAGAUGAUCAGUACUUUGGCUGCCAGAGAUCAUUCCUGGGGACAGAGCAGCAGAGGCAGACAGUCCCGGGACCGUGGUGUGCACGCCAUGGAGACCAGAUCCGGGCUCGAGCAGCAGGUAGCUGAGCUAGUGCAGACAUUGAAGCAGCCCAACAGUCUUAUUCCGGGCAGAGGUUUGGCUACACCUCCAGUUGCUCAAUGUCAGUGGUGUGAGAGCUCGAAUCACCUAGUGGAGGACUGCCAGGCUUUGAGGGAGCCUACCACUCCCCAAGAGCAGUUGGACUUCAUCGCCAAUGCUCGGCGCCUCGACCCGUACAGCAACACAUAUAAUGAGGGGUGGCGCCAGCAUCCCAACUUCGCCUGGAACAGCAACACCACUAAAUCACAUGGUUUCCCAGCACCAGCAGGUGGUUUUCAGCAGAGGCAGCCCUUCCAGGCUCGACAGGGGCCAGCCCCACAGCAGCAGCCCUACCAGCCUAGGCAGGGGCAACCAUGCCAGCAGCCCCAGCGCCAGUUUGCCGAGCCAGCAGCAGCUCCGGCCCUAGAUGACCGGAUGACAAAGCUGGAAAAUAUUCUAGCUUCAUUCAUGACUAGCACUCAGGCUGCUAUCACGUCACUAGAGGCAGGUCAGCGGAACCAGGGUGCCAUUUUGCAGGAUCUGCAGACCCAGGUGGGCAUCUUGGCUCGCCAAAACACUACCAGGGCACCGGGGACUCUGCCUGCCACCACUAUCCCGAAUCCUCGGGAUCCUCACCAGCUCCAGCAGCUGGAUGCCAUUUUUACCAGGAGCGGUAAGACCAUAUCUGCUGAUCCUGUCCCGGCCAAACAGGAGGAACCACUACCUGCUUCAGCACUUCCAGCCGACGAUGCAGAAGUGCGGGUGGAGAAGGAAGCCCCUGCUCCCAAGCCACAACCAGUGGUUAAGGAGCAUGCACCCCAGCUUCCCUUCCCCACUCGCCUACACAAAUACAAUUUGGAGACUGAGUUUGCCAAGUUUAUGGCAAUGUUGAAGCAGCUCAACAUCAGCAUACCGUUCGUGGAGGCACUGUCGAAGAUGCCCAAGUAUGCCAAGUUCAUGAAAGAUCUCCUCACCAACAAGAAGAAACUUGGGGAUCUUUCGACAGUGAUGCUCAGUGAGGAGUGUUCUGCUAUCCUGCAGAACAAGCUGCCAGAGAAGCGAAAAGACCCAGGGAGUUUUACUAUCCCUCUUACUAUUGGCAGCAUGCAUGUAGGCAAGUCCUUGGCGGACCUAGGCGCUAGCAUAAAUGUCAUGCCAUAUAAGUUGUAUAAAAAGCUAGACCUAGGUGAACUUAGCCCUACUAGGAUGAGCAUUCAGCUAGCUGAUCGUUCCAUUGUGCAUCCUAGGGGAAUCAUAGAGGAUCUACUUGUCAAGGUCGGUGCAUUCACAUAUCCUGUUGAUUUUGUUAUUCUUGAUAUACAUGAGGAUGUGGAUGUGCCUUUGAUUCUGGGUAGACCAUUUCUUGCCACUGCCAAGGCACUUAUUGAUGUGCAUGAUGGUAAACUGAUCCUGCGUGCUGGGAAUGAACAGGCUACUUUUUCUGUGACUGAGUUUGAUCACUGUGCUAUGAUUGCUGUCACACCUGUGCAUGCCAUUUCUGAUCAGGUACACGAGCCUGUCGUGUAUCCUUCUGCACCUCUUAUUUUGAAGGACCCGCCUAUCAUUCCUUCGCUGCCACUCCAUCCAGCCUCGCCUCCGAACAAAAAGAUCAAGGAGGAGUGGCGGCCGAAGCAUCAGGUUGCUAAGCCUGCACGGAAGAAGGGUGGAGACCACUAUGAGCUGGUCCCACCUUCUGCACCACGACCACCCUGGCCGUCCGGGUACUCACUCGCCUGCAUCUUGCCAGAUGGGCAGGUCGAGCUGACUGAUGAUGGUGGUCGCAUCCGUCGGGUGCAUGGCCACACCCUGAAGCUGUACCUCAAGAGCGACGUGGAUCCGCUCUUGGAGGCACCUGUUCCUUCACCUCCCUGAGUAUCAACCAUGGGCGUCCAGCUAAAAGACGGUAAAGAAGCGCUCAUGGGGAGGCAACCCCACCACGGUUUGACUUUCUUUCUUGUGUUUUGAGUCGGAUUGUAACCCGGUUUGGGUUUGGUUUGUUUUCUUUUGUUCUGGAUGGUGUAUUAUUGGGCUGACAUUGGACCUAACAUAUUGUGUUUGAGAUCUUUUGCUCCCCUUUAGCUGUGCUUUGUUCCAGACUGGUCUCUCUCCAGGCCACUUCACUCCGACUGGUCCGCUUCCAGUCUCCUGUAGUCCGUGUAUAUCGGUAACAUCGUUCUCCUUUUCCUUCCCUCUUCUCCAUUGAGGGCAAUGUCGAUCUUAAGUGUGGGGGGAUGUUUAUCUUUUGACUGCAUUAGAUCUGUUUGUGUGCUUCGAGCCUAGUCCACUGUCCAAAUUUUUAAAUUUGAGGGCUCCAAGUACGUGUUUCCGUGCAAUUGCCUACUCAGUAUGCUUUGAAUUGACAGUCUUUAUAGUAAUAUGCAACCUAGGGAGGUAGUGUAGCACUAUGGAGGAUGUUGAUGCAUUUAAGAAGUCUCAUUUCUUCUUCAUAUUGUGUUGGUUGAUUGAGUGAAUUAGUGAUCUUAGGACCUUUGAAUUGUGUGGUGUUGUGGACUCUCUACCUGUCAUGGACUCUUGUUUCAUGUUUUGAGUUUAACAGGUGCUCGAAAAUGUGCUUCAAAAUAACGUCUCCCGUGCGAAUAGGGCGAAAGUGUGUAAGGGGAGACGAGAAUUCGUUCCCAAUUUCCACCUACUACCUCCAGCCCCCUUACAUGUCUUUCCCCCGCACGAGGCUCGAGACAUCCGCUCCUGGCAUGGCCGAUAAGAGCAAGUUGGGACCCUUAAAAAAAAGAGAAGAAGAAAUAACAGAAAACAAGCAAAACAGAAAGAAAAGGGGUUCCAACCAUCUUCAAGAAGAAAAUAGAGCACCUUGAAAAAU